AUAAAAAUAAAAAAAGAGUUCAAUAAAAAGAAGAUGGCAAAUCACCAAAGAUUUUUGUUUUUUUUCAUAUGGUGGAUGUUAACGAAUUUCUUGAGUGGCAGCGUGUUUCCCGAUAUAAAGAUAUGCGACAAAAGAAGAAGUUUAACAGAAAAGCAAAUUAAAUUAUGCAAUACAAAUUCUGAUCACAUGGCAUAUAUUAUCGAAGGCAGAAGAAUUGCAAUUGAAGAAUGCAUGAAACAAUUUAGUGACAGAAGAUGGAACUGCACUUUUCCGGAACCUAAUAUUAUUCCGUUUCUUCAUCCUUACAUGCCACUUGGAACUCGUGAAACAGCAUUUGUUCAUUCAAUUAUUGCCGCGGCAACUAUGCACUCAAUUAGCCGAGCAUGCAUGGAAAAUAAACUGUCGUCACACUGCUCGUGCAGCCAAGAAAAAAAACCAGAAAACCUUCCUAAAACAGAUAUGUGGAACGGAUGCGGUGACAACUUACCUUAUGGUUAUCAAUUCAGCAAAGAAUUUGUUGAUUCAAAGGAAACCAUUUUAAAAGACUCAGCAUUUAAUUUUGGAAGAGUGUUAAUGAACCUUCACAAUAACGAAGCAGGGAGAUGGGCAGUUUUUGAAAAGUCAAAGAUCCAAUGCCGUUGUCAUGGAGUCUCUAAAAAUUGUGCCACAAAGACUUGUUACCGACAACUUUCAGAGUUUAAAGAUGUUGGAUAUCAGCUAGAGCAACUCCAUCAAAGUGCUAUUCAUGUCCAAUUAUCUCAAAGCGGUCAAAAAAAUGAUACAGAAAUUACAAAACUUGUACAGUUUAACUCAAAUAUUGAUAUAUAUACUUCAAAAGACAUGAUUUACCUUGAUGACUCUCCUAGCUACUGUAAUAAAAACUUAUCAAUUGGUUCAUUUGGAACGGAAGGUCGAGAAUGCAUCAAAGACGAUAAUAGUUCAAAAGAAUGCGGUCGUUUGUGUUGUGAAAAAGGACAUUACACUAAAAAAGUGUUUACAACAGAAAACUGCGCCUGUAAAUUUAUAUGGUGCUGUGAAGUAAAAUGUCAAAGUUGUAAAAAACAACAAAACAAACAUUAUUGCAAAUAGAAAAUGGCGCAAGCUAAUGAUAGUGGCAAUAUGGUUGCAAAUUAAUUUGAUUUUUUCGUAUAAAAUCAUAAGAUAAACUGCACACAAAAUAACUUGUCAGCAAUGUUCUUUUCACUCACAAAUAGAGUAUAACCUUAGGCGAAUAAUCACAGGUUUAAUACAACUUUGACUCGUGUUAAACUGAAACGAAAUAACCCAUGUUUGCGUUAAUUUCGUAACUAUACUAUUAUACUACUAAUAAAUUAUUAUUAACUGUGUAUAUGU